AUGCUGAAGUAUUGCAAACAAUUAAAACACUUGACAAUUAAAUGUGCAACUGCAGAUGCAAUAGAAAAAUUAACAAAUUUAGAAAGUCUUGAGUGUUUAAAAUUUCAUACGGGUAAUAAAAUCAGCAAGGAAACAAUAAUUGCAAUUUCAAAUAAUUGUAAAAAACUUAAACAUUUAGAAAUUCCUAAUUUUCAAUUAGUACUGCAAUCUGUUGAUGAUGAUCCUCAUACUGUUUCACGUGUUCUUGAUGACUUAUCAAACUUGGAACAUCUUGAAUAUUUAAAUUUUGCAGAUUGCGAAUUACUUCAAGGUAGUACUGUCAUUGCUAUUGCUGAUAAAUGUAAAUACCUAAAAUAUUUAAAUGUCAGGGGACAUAACAAUCUCACUAAAUUAUCUUAUGAUGCUUUGACAAAAUUAGAAAAUUUACAAGAAUUAACAGUAGGCUGUAGUCUUGCUGUUACAAAUGAUUUUGUUAAAAAAUUAAAAGGAUUAAAAGUUUUUAAUUGUGAUCGUUGCUUGAGACUAACUGAUGAUGGUAUCAUUCAAUUAAUAAAAAAUUGUCCAGAUCUUGAACGACUUAGUCUCUUUCACGUCAUGAGUAUAACACUCAAUACUAUUAUUGCUGCUGAUUUAGAAACAAAAAAUCGUAAUAAUGGUAUUGUUUUGUGUAUACGGAUCUCUGAUGCAGAGCUUUAUGAAGCUGCUGGGCGUAUAAUUACAUCUCAAUGGUUGAUGACUGAUUACAGUGAUGAUCCUUCAUCUAUAAUAGUGACAUGUCCUUAG